CUUGAAAGCAAUAUUCACUUUGAUUCCAUACAAAAACCAAAUCGUAAGCUUUUGUAAGACAUAUAAUGAACGGAACAUCGUGGGCUGACCAGUGGGACAACUCUGCCAAAGGAGGCCGCAUAGGGGGCGGCGCCGUUGUAGGAAGCAGCGGAGGUGGAGCUACUUCAAACACUGCUAAGUACAAGGAGAAACUGGGACAAGGGCUAGGCAAGACGAAAGCUGUAGCUUCUUCUGGUUUUAAGAAGCUCAAGACAGGCUCUGCCCUUGGUUUCCGUUGGGUCAAGGACAAGUAUCACAAAACCACAAACAAACAUUAAACAUCUAGUAUAUUGUAAAAUUCUUCACUUUGUCCAAUAAUAUGUUUGAUGUAUAAUUUUUUUUUUUAGGUUUUUUGAUUUUAAUGUUUAACUAGAUUUUGACCCGCGCAACCGCGCGGGUGUUUAUUUGCGUUUAUAGUUAGUUAUAUAAAUAUUUUGUUUUUACUUGUAAAUUGGUAUAUAUUAUAGUAACCACAUAUUUACCAUAUGUAUAGUAAAUGUUUUUCAAACAUAAUAAUAUUAUAUAAUAAGUGUUUUAAUCAAAUAGGUUGUUCAAAUUUUCUAUGUUAUACAUGUUUUUCAAACAUGUGUUUGUUUCUUCUUCUAUAUUUUAUUGUUUGUUAGAUUAGUAUUUCAUUUUUAGAUAAAAGUAAUAUAAAUAGAACUUGAUUAAAUAUUAGUAUACUUUAAUUUGCAAAGAUAAUAUAAACUUCAAAGAAUGUUUUUUUAAAAACUACACUUAUAGCUUCAUAAAUUAAUAUUAUAAAGAAUUUUAUUAAAAGAAUUUUUUAAACAAUUUUUUUUAAACAAUAUAAUUUUAAAAAUUUACAUCGAAAUAAAUUUAUUUAAUAUAUAUAGCGUGUAAAUUUUGUUAGGGUAUAUAAAUAUUCCAUAUUAAUAAUCUGUGAUUUUUGUUAAUAUA